UAAAAAACCAGAAAAAACCAGUUCCCUCGCCCCAACCAAAAAAAAGUGGGGAAAGAAUAACCGGCAGUAUCGAACCCGGUAUCCACCUUUGCCAAGAUCGGACGAGGGAGGUUUGAAGAAAGAAGGCCACCUCGCAUCUGAAUCUGAUACUGUGAUGGAGGCUAGAGAGAGGAAGGGCUACGCCUGGGCAAUCUUAGCCGGAGUUACGGCUGCUCUUGCUGCCAUUUCCGCAAAGCUCUUCACCUCUCAGUUUGUUAGAUUUUCCAUGGUCAUAUUAUUCAAUGCGACGAUGUGGGGAUGUUAUGUCAACAGCCUUAAAGCUCUCUCUUCUCUACAAGCUACGGUAACAAACUUUGCUACCAAUUUCCUCUUUUCUGGUCUAGCUGGAUUUUUCUUGUUCGAGGAGGCAUUGUCAUUUCAGUGGUUUGCAGGUGCCCUGCUCAUCAUAAUUGGCGUACUUGUACUCAGCAGGUCAAGUAUUGAGAGGAAGGAAAGCAUAGACUAGAGGUUCAAAUAUUGACCCUGCAAUUACACUUUGCUCUUGUUGUUGACAUUACGUUUCUCGUGUAGCUAUGCAUUCUAUGUUGAAUUUGUAGCGAAAAACAAUCAUCUAUGUUUGUAAAAACAUGUACAUGUACCCUGACAAUAUUGAAAAGGUUCUCAUUUCAGGCUGA